AUGGUGGAGUCCCGCGACGUCAAGUUCCGCGAGGACGUGACGGUCGAGCGCACGUAUAUCAACGCGCUGCUUAAGGGAAGGCAACACUAUUAUCCACAAAUUCCGUUUAUUCCGCUGCCUGUGGAGUAUGUUGCAGAGCAAUCAGUACGUGUCAAGGCUGGUGAUUUGGUGCGUCGGGCGGCCAAUGAAGUGGCAAGUGGAGACCACGUGCAACAUGGGCAUUCGGAUAUUGCAGAGCUGCCAGCGCGUACUGCGAACGUUGAUGCUUCGGUGGGAGAAGAGCAUGCGCAUGAGUCGCAUCCUGCUGAGUAG